CGCAGUGGGCGUGGCUUUUGUCAAUCCGGAAGAGGUGAACUGAAGAUCUGAUUUUGGAUGGUUCUUCUAAAGUCUUGGAGAAGUUGGAGGUGAUCUCAGGUCGGUCUGGAGCUUCACAUUUGAGAUCUUUGUCAUUUCUAGAAGUCUGGCUGUCAGUAUGGUACAGAAGGUGCUGGUGACAGGGGGAGGGGGGUACAUUGGCAGUCACUGUGUGGUGGAGCUGAUUGAGGCGGGAUAUCAACCAAUCGUCAUCGACAACUUCAGCAACGCUGUCCGAGGAGAAAACGAUGUUCCCGAGAGCCUGCGCAGGAUAGAGAAGAUUCUGAACACCAAGAUUGAGUUUCAGGAGCUGGACCUUCUGGACAAACCGGGCCUGGAGAAAAUCUUCAACCAGCACUCGUUCCACGCCGUGAUGCACUUCGCCGGGCUGAAAGCAGUGGGUGAAUCAGUGGAACAGCCGCUCCGCUACUACAGAGUGAACCUCAUGGGUACCAUCAACCUGCUGGAGGUCAUGCAAGCCCAUGGAGUGCAUAAUAUAGUGUUCAGUAGUUCAGCGACGGUGUAUGGAGAUCCUCAGAAGCUCCCCAUUGACGAGCAGCAUCCGGCUGGAGGCUGCACAAACCCUUACGGCAAAACCAAGUUCUUCAUUGAGGAGAUGAUCCGGGACCAGUGCGAUGCAGAAAAGGACUGGAAUGCCGUGUUGCUCAGGUACUUCAACCCCAUCGGUGCUCACAUCUCAGGACAGAUUGGUGAAGAUCCACAGGGAAUCCCAAACAACCUUCUACCGUAUGUUGCACAGGUUGCCAUCGGGAGACGGAAACAUCUCAACGUGUUUGGAAAUGACUACAAGACGAUUGAUGGAACAGGAGUGAGAGACUACAUUCAUGUGGUGGACUUGGCGAAGGGACACAUCGCAGCCCUGAAGAAGCUGAAGGACAACUGUGGCUGCAAGGUCUAUAACCUGGGCACAGGUACUGGCUACUCUGUGUUGCAGAUGGUGAAGGCUAUGGAGAAGGCAUCAGGACGAGAAAUUGCUUAUGAGAUCGCCCCCCGGAGGAACGGAGACAUCGCCUCCUGCUACGCAGACCCUAGCCUGGCGGAGAACGAGCUCGGCUGGAAGGCUAAUUUUGGCCUAGAGAAGAUGUGUGAAGACUUGUGGCGCUGGCAAUCCCAGAAUCCCACGGGCUUCACAAACGGCAAAGCGUAAUGAAACGAAAAAAGGUGCAGACGUGACGACCAGCUGAACCGAGCCAUGAACCUCCUCCUCCUUUUAUUCUUAUACAUUUUGAACCUCAUGACACACACACAAUGCAUUUCUUAGCAGCGAUUUCUACCGGUUUAAAUUAUUAGCAAGCCAUGAUCUCUUUAACGAGUUUAUAUUCUUAUCAUUCCUCAUCGAAUUUCUAAUCAAAAUAUUAUAUAGAGCCAAUUUUUACUUUCUGUUUAUACCUGGUCAUGUUGGAGUAUAAUGAUUAAAUUAAUUCUUUUUGAAAACAAA